AAUCUUGUUGUGUCACACGACUGAUGAUGUUGCAUUCAUUCGUGUCAUGUCAUCUUCGCCAACAACGCACAACAACCAUCGACAAUGGGCGACGUGCGGGUGGAGGAGUUGGAGACACUGGAGGACAUCUGCGAAGGCACGGGCGAGGUGGAAUGGCACAAGGACAAGGAUGGCGUGACGCUGCGUGGGAUGCUGUGCGUGAGUCCCGAGAUUGAGGAGCUGCAGGUUCACUUCCAGCAGCGCGCCCUGCCAAUGCUUCGCACAACGCGCCGCCCCAAGCCCUUGGCAAGCGACUCGGAUGCGACCGACGCUGCCUACGUGAUCACCAUUGAGCAUCUCCCACCAGUACAAGUGUCCUUCUCGCUCUCGCCCAGCUACCCUGAAGAUGAGCUGCCAACAUACACCAUCUGUUGCCCAUACCUGACCCCGGAGCAGCUCUCUUCCGUGUGCCGCCGCCUCGACGACAUUUGGGAGGAGAUUGGACGGGGUGAGGUUCUGAUGGAGUGGGUCAACUUCAUCAAGUACGAGUGCCUUUCGCACGUUGGGAUUGAAGACCGCCUUCCUAUCCACGCGCGGAAACCGGCCAUCCACAACACAGCAGCCGCCAUUGACCCACGCGUCAAGGAUGUCGCACUGCCGCCACUGAACCUCACCAACCACGUGCUGGAACACGAUGCGCGGGAGGACGAGCGCUGCUUCGAGCAGGGCCAGCACACGUGCGCCAUCUGCUUCUCGGAACACGACGGCAAGGAUUGCCUGCGAUUUGUUGUGUGCCGCCAUGUGUUUUGCCGCGAGUGUCUCGGCACCCACUUCUCGACGCAGAUCACGGACGGCCAAUUCCGCAAUCUCACCUGCCCCGACCCAGACUGCCGCAACAUCGCCCUCCCAACCGAAGUGCAGCAGCUCGUGCCAACCAAACUCUUCACGAAAUAUGAUGCAAAGCUGCUGGAGACGACGCUUGCGGAGAUGGAGGAUGUGGUGCUGUGCCCGCGCCCGGCCUGCCAACAGCCCGUCAUUGUCGAAGACGACACAACGCUGGGACGAUGUGCAACAUGUUCGUACACGUUUUGCACCAUGUGCCGCCGCUCCUAUCACGGUGUCAACAAAUGCAAAGUCGCCGACUUCUCCGCCCUCCUCAACGAGUACAAGAAGGGCGAUGAGGAGCACAAGGCGUUUCUCAUCAAGAAAUACGGCGAGAAGAGGAUUCGGCAAGCGCUUGAGGAAGAGGCGACGGCCUCGUACUUGCAGGAGGAGACAGUGCCGUGCCCAGGAUGCAGCGCACACACGUCAAAGAUCGACGGGUGCAACAAGAUGGUCUGUUCCAAGUGCCGCACGUACUUCUGCUAUCUCUGCCGCAGCAAGCUCCCUGCCUCUGAUCCGUAUGCGCACUUCAACCGCGGGCCGUGCCAGUCGCGGCUGUUUGAGGGCGUGUUCCAGCCCGAGGACGAGGAGGCGUGGGCGUGGCAGAUGGACCAGUUCUUCUUCGUGGUCGCAUGACCUUGAACCACAUACGCUGGCGUGCGUGUUUGCGCGCAUACAUGCACACACAUGAAUGCGCGCACCACACACAUGAAUGCGCGCACCACACACAUGAAUGCGCACAC